AUUUUGGAACAACGUGAUUUGAAUCUUUCGCUAAUGUGUAUCUGUUCUCGGUUUCCAUCACUGUAAAGUUCACUUUGUUUACACAUGGAUUGUUUUACUGUGACUUUUUUAAAUGCUACUGUUUUCCACACGAUCAACUGCCCAAACUUACAAUACUUCUAAAUUAAUUCUGAAAUAUGGGUCGAUAAUGCAUUUUUAUGGAAGAUAACUUGUUCAGUGUAAGUUGUUGAUGCAUUUCUAUUUACCAGCAAAUUUGAUGGUGGGUGACUGCAAUGAGCAACACUAAUGACUUAAUUGUCGUUUGUCUAUGCAAAUACUUUCACCUUUUGCAAGCCAGCACACAGUUUAUUGUUAAGAUGUGGACGGUGGAGUGCGUAAAAAGUGCUCUAAAAUUUGCGAAUCAAAUGGAAGAUAUAGUCGAAAAUCUUACAGAAGAUGAAACCUUGGCAAUACAAUGUUUCCUUGAGAACAUCAGCACUAUUUUCCCUCAUUGUUCAUCAAGUAUUCAUCUUACUCGGCUAAGAAAUGCUGUAGACGUUGUUAUUGAGAAUUUAUGCAACAAUCCGUAUCUUUCACAGAGUAGUCGAGAUUGCAUAUUCGAAUACUGUUUGGAUACCAAUCGUAAACUACCUCAGUUUGAUAAAUACUCUUCUAAGCUUCAUUUUAUACCGGAAAGUUUACUAUCGGUUAUUGAAUGCCGUUUAUUUGGUUCACAUGUCUCAUCAUUAAACAAUGAAAAUCAAGUGGAGAAAUUUCUAGACUCAUGUUUUUUGCUGGAUAGUAAAUAUACCAUACACCUGCUUGUGCGUGUACUAGAGCAAUCAAUACAUUGUGAAGAGACGGAUGCAUUGAAUAAAAUCAUAAUCCCCUGGUUAUAUAUUGCUAUUCAAAAAAGUGACAAGGCGUACAUUUCUUUGGCUUCAUAUAAUCAUGAAUGCCUGCGCGAUUUGACUGUACAGAUUCCUGAGUUUGGGAAGGUAAUUUUAAAACUAUUUGAUGAAACAAAACAUACACAAAUUAUUGAUGAAGAAAGACAAAAUGAAGAGGAUACUGAAGAUAAGAAUCAAAUUGUGCUGAUGAAGCGUUUGUUAAUUGAUCUUUCGAAACAAAUUAUUCUCGUUGAUCACUUGAACCCUGUCCUAUUAUCACAGAUUACCCGGCUGACCAAAAAACACAAUCCUGCAGCAAAAUUUUGGAACUCCAUUUUAAAUGCAAUAAAUCCAACUUAAAAAAUAUUGUUGAACAAAAAUAGUUCAUUUUUGUUCAAGCUGUUAUUAUGUACAUAUUUCUAAGAUUCUGUUGUAUGAUUCUUCUUUUCCAGUUGUUGAUUGAUGAUUGUUAAUUUAUAAUAUAAAUAAAUUGUUAGCGAAUAUUA